UCCCAUUUGACCUUCACGCGGGAUAUUCGGCGACCGAGAUUCCCUCACCUCGAUCAGGAACCCUGAAUGCCAUCGGCAAUACUCUACAAUGCGGCUACUGCAACAAGAUAACGCCAACAACUACACCCUCACGGCCGAUCUGCGCGCUGACGACAUCCCCCCCUACGCCAUCCUUUCCCACACCUGGGGCGCCGGCGAAGUCAUCUACAACGAUGUCAAAACGAGUUCAAAUGACUGGCAACAGAAAGCCGGCUACGAUAAGAUCAAAUUCUGCGCCGACCAGGCCAAGCGACAUGACCUGCAGCAUUUCUGGGUAGAUACCUGUUGUAUCGACAAAUCUGACGCCAUCGAACUCCAGACGGCAAUCAACAGUAUGUUCAGGUGGUACCGUGGCGCGAAACGAUGCUACGUUUUCCUGUCCGACGUCUCCUGUCCCCUGACCUCCACUCAGCAGCCGGGAGUGAUAUCGUGGGAGGCUGCGUUACGAGGCAGUAGGUGGUUCACGCGGGGCUGGACACUUCAAGAGCUCAUCGCCCCGCAGAUUGUCGAAUUCUACUCGAAGGAAGGGGUCUUCUUAGGCGAUAGGAGGUCGCUGGAGGCUAUUAUACGCGACGUGACAGGUAUUCCUGCAACGGCUCUAAGGGGUACACCAUUAUCUGACUUUACGACUUCCGAACGCGAGGCGUGGGUUCGCAACCGGGAAACAAAGUAUGAGGAAGACAUGGCAUACUCGCUGCUUGGGAUAUUUGGCGUUCACAUGCCACUCAUCUAUGGUGAGGGUCGCGAACAAGCACAGAGAAGAUUGCGAGAAGAGGUCCAGAGAUCUGUAAAAGGCACUCACCACAACAAGUUCUCGAUCAGCUUCAGCCUGUCGGGCGUCCCCGAGACUCCACAUUUCGUAGCAAGAGAUGGAGAAGUAGCCGAGAUGCGGAGAGUGCUGUGCUCGGAUGGAAGCCGUCGCGUUGUCGUGCUCCAUGGUCUCGGUGGCAUUGGCAAGACACAGCUCGCUGCGACCUAUAUCAACCGAUAUCGAGACGAGUACUCUGCCAUCUUCUGGCUCAAUAUCAAGGACGAAGCGUCCAUUCAGCAGAGCUUUGCUAGGAUCGCAACGCAGAUCCUCGAACAGAAUGCCGAUGUCGGCAGCCUCAAGGGACUGGACCUGCAGCAAGACCACGACAAGAUUACUCAGGCCGUCAAGGCGUGGCUUAGCUUACCAGGCAACACCAGAUGGCUCAUUGUGUACGAUAACUACGACAACCCACAGCUUCCAGGACGGAAAACCGAUGCUGCGUUUCUUCCGAUGGCAUAUCAGGGCUCAAUAGUGAUCACAACGCGGCUGUCGCAGAUCGACAUAGGACAUCACAUCCGAAUUGAGAAACUCAAAUCCGAACACGAGAGUCUGCAAAUACUGUCGAACGCAUCAGGUCGAAAUGGCUUACAAGAUGAUAGUGACGCAAAAGACCUUGUGCGAGAAUUGGACGGGCUUCCCCUCGCUCUAGCUACGGCCGGAGCAUAUCUGAAGCGCGCCCCAAUCAGCAUACGCAAGUACCUUCGCUACUACCAGGAAUCUUGGGUCAGACUUACUGGUAAUCUGCAUCUUGGAUCCUAUGCAGAUCGUACCUUGGCUACAACAUGGCGGCUGUCAUAUGAACAUGUUCAGACACAAAACCCACUUGCGGCUCAUUUGCUCCAGUGGUGGGCCUACUUCAACAACGAAGACAUAUGGUUCGGUCUUUUCCGGGCUAGAAGCGGAAUGGGCCCCGUGUGGAUGAAACAGCUUUCAGAAGAGCUCAACUUCAACGAUGCGAUGGGCGGACUCCAUGACUACGGCCUUGUCGAACCUGCAUCUUUGUUCCAAGAGAUACAAGGGUAUAGUAUACAUGGUUGUCUGCAUUCUUGGACGGUCCACAUAUUGAACGAGGAGUGGGACAGCUGCUUGAACAAGCUUGCAGUCGAGAGCGUGGCGUCGCAGGUUCCAUCAAACGUGGAAGCUGAAUAUUGGCUGCUUCAGAAGCGACUAAUACCACAUGCGAUCCGGUCUUGUUCAACAGUACAGGAGAGCGAUGUUCCCUCGGAUUGGGCUUUUCAUUCUCUGGGUAAUCUCUACUCUGAUCAGGGGAAGCUGGACGAGGCCGAGAAGAUGUACUUGCGGGCGCUGGAUGGGAGCGAGAAGGCACUGGGACCGGAUCACACAUCAACACUUGGCACAGAUCUUUGCGCUCAAAACAGGGCAAUGUGGGUCAAGCUCGGCAAUAUUAUCAACGUGCUUACGAUGGUCUUGACCAGCUCCUCGGGCCAUUGCACCCAGCCGUCCAGUCAGCGCGGCACACCCUCGAGCUCACGAAUACCGCCUGUGAAGCUGGGACGUGUUCGAGCGAUGACCAACAUUUGGUUGAUUCAACACAACCCCAGGUGUCAAAUAAGAGGCGACGAGAUAUUUUGAAGCGGGUCCUACGUCUUCAUAUAGGGUAGAAAAGUCGAUAGUAUGUUAGUCUCAG